AAAAAUUCUGCAAGAUACCUUCAGUUCUAUUUCAGAACAAUUAAUCAGUAAAAGCGGACCCCAGCGCUCUGCUCCAUGUCAGAGGGGGUGGUUGUUUGGAGGGAAAUCAUGGAAGAGGAGUGGGUGGAGCCAACAGAACCCGCUCUCAAAGCCAACCUCCUGCCAAAUGGCAACUGCAGCCAUUGCCACGGCAACGGCACCACCGGCAACGUCACCCAGGGCAACACCUACUUCCCCUAUUACCAGCACUCUCUGCCCGUGGCAACCAGCUUCAUCCUGGCCUACCUCUUCAUCUUCCUGCUGUGCAUGCUGGGAAACGGGCUGGUGUGUCUCAUAGUCCUGCGAAACAGACGCAUGCGCACCGUCACCAACCUCUUCAUCCUCAACCUGGCCGUCAGCGACCUGCUGGUGGGCAUCUUCUGCAUCCCCACAACUCUGGUGGACAACCUCAUCACAGGCUGGCCGUUCUCCAGCGCGGUGUGUAAGAUGAGUGGACUGAUGCAGGGCAUGUCCGUGUCAGCCUCCGUCUUCACACUGGUGGCCAUUGCAGUCGAUCGAUUUCGCUGCAUUGUUUACCCAUUCAAGGCCAAGCUAACUUUGUUGGUCGCCAAGGGAACAGUCGCACUCAUAUGGGUCAUGGCCUUCAUCAUAAUGUGCCCGUCGAUUGUGAUGCUGACUGUAAGAAGAGUGCAGGACCACUACAUGAUCCACAACGGGGACUACAGGCACCCCUACCCCCUGUACUCCUGCUACGAGAACUGGCCUUGGGUCGAAAUGCGCAAGGUCUACACCACGGUGCUCUUCACCCACAUCUACCUGGCCCCGCUCACCUUGAUCACCCUCAUGUACAGCUGCAUCGGGGUGAAGCUGUACACCACCUCCAUCCUGCUGGACAGAGAGCACCCCAGGACUGCGCCGCCCGGUGUCCGGCAGGAGGGGACGCGGCCGCUGGUCUCGCAGAAGAAGGUGAAGGUGAUUAAGAUGCUGAUGGUGGUGGCCCUGCUCUUCAUGCUGUCCUGGCUGCCGCUCUGGUGUCUGAUGCUGCUGACCGAUUACGGCGGUCUGGACGCGGAUCAGCUGGAGCUCCUCACCGGCUAUGUGUUCCCCUUCGCCCACUGGCUGGCCUUCUCCAACUCUACCGUCAACCCCGUCAUCUAUGGGUACUACAACGAGAACUUCAAGAGGGGCUUCCAGGCGGUCUGCCAAGCCUCUUCGAGCUCCUGCUGCUGGGCCCUCUCCUUGGCGGGCUCCGACGGCAGGGGCGGGAGGGUGGCGGUGGAAGGAAGGGCCCCAGAUUCGGGGGGGGGGGCUCCGGGCGGGGUCUGCAGACCCAGGGACACGGGGGCCAACUCAAACCCGCUGAUCUUCGGGGCGAGGAACAGGGUAUACACUGACGGGGAUCUCACCGGGGUGGUUCAGCUAGAGCUGGAAGGCAGGAGGGGGGCGGGAGGGGUAGGGAGUGCCCUCUGUGCAGAGGGUCUGGGUGCGGCAGGGGGGAUGGUCAGAAGUGGGUCAAACAAAAUGGCCGUUCAGAUGACGGACACGGAGAAGGGCGCCCCGGGGGGAUUGGGAGUCUGCCAGGCCUGGGAUCAGUAA